AUGGUGAAAGAAAAUUUAAGAAGAGUAUUAGGUCGAACGUCCUUAAAUUAUGAAGAAUUAUGUACUAUAUUAUGUGACUGUGAACAAGUGAUUAAUUCGCGACCUAUCACAUACGUAUCAGAGGAUAAUCGAGAUCCAUCACCGCUGAACCCUAUGAUGUUCCUCCAAGAAUUGCCGUCAUCGGGAGUUCCUGAUAUGGACUACGUAGAUUCCAAUGAACUAAAUCGCCGAGCCAAAUACCGACAGAGAAUAAGACAUGAUCUACGAAACAGAUUUCGUAAUGAAUAUCUUGGUCAGUUGAGACAACAGGCAAUAAAGAAGGGAAAAUUUCAACAGUUGCAAGUAGGCGAUGUCGUUCUGUUGGAAGACAGCCAGAGACGACGCAUACAUUGGCCUUUAGCCAAGAUAGUCGAGCUUUUCCCCAGUAAAGACGGGAUAGUUAGACUAGCGAGGGUCAAGACAAGAAAUGGAACUCUGCUUCGUCCAGUGCCCCGGCUUUUCCCGUUGAAGAUCUCUACUUCCGAAUCUGUUGGCCCUCCGUUCCCUGACAGAGCACCCCGAGAUAGUAACAACCCUGCAACUGGUCAGGUUGAUCAGGCUGCUAGUGUUCCAGAACCUGCUUCAAGUCCUCGAGUGAUUACCAGAGCUGGACGAGUUGUUCGGCCUCCUCAUCGACUGGGCCUGUGUGUAUUGAGUUCCUCCGCAUCGUCGGAUCUCAAUGGUGGGAGGUGA